AUUCGAUAUGUUGAUACAUUUUAUAUUUCAAAUAUUCUGUAUUCUCCAAAUACAAUUGCUUCCAGCUUGCGCACUUGCCAUCAUAUCGCACGUGUCGUGUGUCAACAUCCUAACCUAACCUAACCCUAACCUGUCAUUUUGGAGUUUCACAGAUCAGCUGAUUGUUGACUGCAGCAGAGUGCAGCUGAUCACUGAUGCUCGCGGUGCGGACGUUGCUCACGAAUCGAGAAUUUAAAUUCCGGAAUUAUCUCGGCACUGUCAAACGAGUCAAUAUUUCGUAAUUACGCUUUUCCGCACAGGCUCGCAGCGAUAUGUCACCGAAGACGCGGACGGAGACGAAGUUCGGAAAAUGUAACGAAAGUCAGCGAAUCUCCAUUUUAUUUUGAUAUUUAUUUUAUAUUUUUGAAUUAUAUCUACGUGUAUAUGCGAUUUAUGUUGCAAUUCGGAGAACGACGGCGUUCUAGCUACGGCACUGGUCGCGCAAAUUUACGAGGAGAAAUCUGGCAGGCGCGCGAGCGCGGUUCUCCCCCGCGCGCGGUUCCCCGUGAAAUUGAUUCAUGACGCACCUGCGAUCCGAUCUCAUGCCCAAGCUCCAGAUCGCCCGGCGGAGGUUCCUCGCCCGGGCAAACAUCUUCGGGUUCCUACUUGUGGUGGUCUUCGUUCUGCUGUGCGUACGCUACCUGCCAGGUCGGGGAUGCCAGCAGGACCGGCAGAUGCCAGAGAACAAACACCACUACAGGCUGAUCAUUCUAAUCCUGAGUAACCCGGACAACCUGGAGCGCCGUAAUACCAUCAGGAAGACCUGGCUGGCCAGUCGCGAGCACGACAUCAUGGUGAAAUACUUGUUCGUCAUCGGCACUCAGGACAUCCUGCCGGAACAGAGGAAUACCCUGCAGUCGGAGAAGAACAAGUUCGACGACCUGCUGCUGCUGCCUAGGCUGCAGGACUCUUACGGCACACUGACGAAGAAGGUCCUGCAUGCUUUGAAAGCCGUUCACGAGCAUUACGAUUUUGACUACUUGCUGAAAUGCGACGACGAUACUUACGUGCUGGUGCACAAGAUCCUAAAGGAGCUCGAUAGGUGGCAGAGCAAAGGCACCAGGCGGGAGCUCUAUUGGGGCUUCUUCAAUGGGCGAGCUCAGGUAAAGAGGAGCGGACCCUGGAAGGAGACCGAUUGGAUUCUAUGUGAUUAUUACCUCCCUUAUGCCCUGGGUGGCGGGUACGUCCUGUCCUACAAUCUCGUCAAGUUCGUCGCCAACAACGUGGACAUUCUCAAGCUGCACAAUUCUGAAGAUGUGUCUGUCGGUCUUUGGCUGGCACCGCUGGCGAACAUCGAGAGGAAGCACGACGUGCGCUUCGAUACGGAAUAUAGGUCACGCGGCUGCUCCAAUCAGUACAUAAUUACACACAAGCAAACCAUCCAAAAUAUGAGGAGUAUGCACGAGUAUUACGAGGCCUCCGGGGGCGCGUUGUGUCCCAAAGAAGUUAGGAAUCGCAUGAGCUAUCAGUACAAUUGGACCGCACCACCUAGUCAGUGCUGCAAUAGACAAUCCGGCAUUCCUUAACGCGAUGGAGAGAAUAUUUCUGUAAACUUCUAGUCCAGUUUUUUGAUGACUUGCUCAAAAAACAUUCUCAUGUUUAUUAUAUACAUUUGUAAUUGCUAUAUAAGCAUUCUAUUUAUAUUCUAACUUAUACCUUUAUUAAGCUAUAUAUCAAAUCAAAUAUAGUCAUAGUUCAAAAGUAAGCAAUUUAAACAAUAUUAUUGAAGAAAGUUGCGAAAGAUUAUAGCAAAUUUGCGAUAUUUCUUCAAAGAAUUAAAACGUCUUCUGAAUUUUAUUUGUUACUUUAAUAUAAUUGUGCAACCCCAUUAAAUAAUUAAUUGAAAAGCGCUUGUAUAUAAAUAUUUUGUAAAUAUUUAGCAACAAACAGGUAGACAUAGACAAGAUAAGUUUCGAUGAACUAAAUAUAUUUUUUUUAAUCAUAUUGCUGUACUUCGUUCAUAAUACACUUUUCAUCUUUAA